AUGUCAGGCUCCGAUUCCAACUCCCUGUCUGAUUCUGAAUUGAGGAACUCUCUCUCAUCAGAUUCAGAAAAUGAAGGGUUCAGAGUCGUCGCCCCACCAAGUGAGGGCGCCACUAUUGAACAUUACAAGAAGUAUGUAAAGUAUCUUCAACCUCAAAAGGGUCAGUUGGAGAAUCACAAUGCGUGCCUAAAUGCGACAAACAAUGUGCUCCAGUCACAACAGCCACGACAUUUUCAUAAAGGUGUCCGUGGCCACGCGUCUAUAUCUACUCCAACUUCAAUGACAUUGGCCCCAACUUCAAUGACAUCCACUGCUGCAACCGACAAAUCUGAUCUAGCCUUGGACAAAGUCUUUAUGGAGUUGGGAAAGAAAUAUGCACUCACUGUCGAGAUGUUUAUGCUCGAUGAUUCAAUUUUCAAAUCACCCUGUCCGGAUCCUCCUGUCAACAUACGAAGUCUGUCUCGUUAUGCCAAGACGUCAGCAGAGAAGGCAGCGCUCAUCACAGAGCUCUAUGGAUGCAUUGAGCAUACACUGCACCCUUACAUGCCAACUACGCAUUUCAUCAAUAAGUUUUGCAGCGGAAUGCAGCGCAUACGCUCCUUGUACAUCUAUACAUUAUGGUCUGUAGCUGGGAGCAUCCUCGACAUGCCAUCUCCAAAUUUGCUGCAUCGUUUGAUUGCACUGUAG